AUGGACCUGGUCUGUAAGACAGUCAUCUUUCUGUUGGUUUCUCUCAGCCUUUGCAUAGAUGGGAGAUUUGCUUGGAAUUUUCCCGCCAUUGCUGGGCCUCUACCCAGUGAGCUGGCAGAGAGACUGGGGCUGCAGGACCAGAUCCUGACCAGGGACCAGCAGGGCCCUGCCGUGGCUGAAGCCCAGGGUUCCCUUUGCCAGCCAGAGCUCUUGGCUUCCGAGCUGCCCCGGUACUUGGGGCAGCUCCGUGAGCUCGGGGUGACACACUACAAGCUCUUCCUGCCAUGGGCACGCCUUCUUCCCCAGGGCAGGGCCAUGGAGGCAGAUGGAGCCCAGGUGUCCUGCUACCGGCAGCUGCUGGAGGCCCUGGCUGCCGCAGAGCUCCGAGCCCUGCUGGUUCUGCACCGCGGCCGCGUCCCCGGCGCCGUGGCUGCUCAGGCGGGCGGGAGGAGAGCCAGGCCUUUUUCUGAGCUCUUUGUGGAGUAUGCAGAUUUCAGCUUCCGUGCCUUUGGGGACCUGGUGGAUGUGUGGCUGUCCUUCAGUGACCUGCCAGAGGUCCUUCAAAGCCUGCCCUACACUGAGCCCCAGGAACGAGUCCAGGCCGUGGCUGCUGCCCAUGAGGGAUUUUACACCGCGCUCCAUGAGGAAAUCUCAGCAGCAGGUGGAAAGCUGUCUAUUGACAGUGUUUCAUCAGAAUUGUUUGCAGUUUCUUUUCAGCAUGAUUAUUUAUUUUCCUUUUCUUUUUUCUAGAAUUCAGUAGACUUCGUGUCUCUUGACGUUCAGUACCAUUGUGGACAUGAAACAGAUUUCUACAAGAAAAUGAAUGAGUCCCAAAGUGUCUGGAAGGACAAAGACAUCUUGGUUUUUAAUUUAAAAGCCCUUGACUGUGCCUCCAUGGAAGAGCAUCCUUUCAUACCAGUAGCUGCUGUUGUCACAACUAUUAAUAAAGAAGCACAUAUGAUUGGAUGUGACAUUAAUGAGUUCUUGGACUACGUACCUCAUGUUUUAAGGUACUAUAAAAAUAUUUUAACUUCUAUUUAUUGUAUUUCCAGUGAAACAAAUACUCUACAGGAAAACCCAGAUGCUGUUCUUGCCCCUCAGUCCUCCUAUCAAACAGUCUGGGAAAUGUUUGCUGAACAGUCUGAAUCGGAGAGGGAUUCUUUCCUGCAAGAUGUUUUCCCAAGUGGGUUCCUCUGGGGCACAUCCACAGGUGCCUUUAACAUCGAAGGAGCUUGGGCAGAGGAUGGGAAGGGAGAGAGCAUCUGGGACCAGUUUGGGCAUGAGGGCCAUGUCCACCUGAAUCAAACAGCAGACGUGGCCUGUGACAGCUACUAUAAAACCAGCUAUGACAUUUACCUGCUCAGGGGUCUUCACCCCCAGCUGUACAAAUUUUCUGUAUCCUGGUCUAGAAUUUUGCCUGCUGGCACCAAGAAGACCAUCAAUUCCAAGGCUGUUGAUUAUUACAACCACUUAAUUGACAACUUGUUAGACUCUGACAUUGAGCCCAUGGUGACUCUCUUCCACUGGGACCUGCCCCAAGCUCUGCAGGCUCUUGGUGGCUGGCAGAAUGAAAGUAUCAUAGAUGCUUUUGUGAGCUAUGCAGACUUCUGCUUUUCCACGUUUGGGGAUCGGGUCAAGCUCUGGGUUACGUUCCAUGAGCCCUGGGUUAUCAGCUAUGCUGGCUAUGGCACCGGAGAGCAUCCUCCAGGAAUCACUGAGCCAGGAGCAGCAUCGUACAAGGUUGCUCACACAAUUCUCAAGGCUCAUGCCAAGGUCUGGCAUUUGUAUAAUGACAAAUACCGUUCUCAGCAACUGGGAAAGGUGGGGCUGGUGCUGAACUCGGACUGGGCUGAACCCAAGACUCCAAGCAGCUCCGAGGAUGUGAGGGCAGCUGAGAGGUACCUGCAGUUCAUGCUUGGCUGGUUUGCUCACCCCGUAUUUGUUAAUGGGGAUUACCCUGAUAUCCUGAAGGCUCAGAUCCAGGAAGUGAACCAGCAGUGCUCCACGAAAGUUGCACAGCUGCCUGUGUUUACAGAGGAGGAGAAGUCCUUGGUGAAAGGGACUGCAGAUUUCUUUGGCCUGUCCCAUUACACCUCCCGCCUGGUCAGUGCCAGGACUAACGAGAUGUGUACACCAGGCUACGAGAGCAUUGGGAACUUCUCCUUGCAUGUAGAUCCUUCCUGGCCACAGGCUGCCUCUUCUUGGAUCCAUGUGGUCCCAUGGGGAUUGAGAAGGCUGCUGAAGUUUGUAUCCCAGGAAUACACAGGGUCAAAGAUCCCAAUAUACAUAGCAGGGAAUGGUGUGCCAACAGGAGACACCGGGGAUCUUCUCAAUGACACUCUGCGAGUGGAUUAUUUCCGCCGGUACAUUGAUGAGGCCCUGAAAGCGGUGAAACUGGAUGCUGUUGAUGUCCGCUCCUACAUUGCUCGAUCCCUGCUUGAUGGCUUUGAAGGCCCAGAGGGAUACAGCCUAAAAUUUGGGCUGCAUCAUGUGAACUUUGAAGAUAGCAACAGACAAAGGACUCCCAAGGCAUCUGCUUACUUCUAUUCCAGUCUUAUUGAGAAAAAUGGUUUUCCAUCCCAAGCCUUGAGCAGAUCUGCACCAGUGGUGUUUGACCGACCUGUGCCAUCAAAGCUGCCAAGUUUACCAGCAUCAGAAGUUCCCUCCAAGGCAAAAGUCGUUUGGCAGAAGUUUUCAUCCCAGACUGCCUUUGAAAGAGACAUGUAUUUUUAUGGGACAUUCCCAGAGGAUUUUACAUGGGGUGUGUCUUCCUCUGCCUACCAGAUAGAGGGAGGUUGGGAUGCUGAUGGCAAAGGACCCAGCAUUUGGGAUAACUUCACCCAUGUCCCAGGGAAUGUAAACGAUAACAGUACUGGAGAUACAGCUUGUGAUAGCUACAACAGGGUGGAGGAAGAUAUUUACAUGCUGAGAGCCUUAGGGGUAAAGAACUAUCGUUUUUCCUUGUCCUGGCCUCGAAUUUUCCCCACUGGAAGGAACAACUCAAUCAACAGCCAUGGAGUCGCAUACUACAACCACCUCAUUGAUGGACUGAUUGCAAACAACAUCACUCCAAUUGUCACUCUCUACCACUGGGACCUACCACAAGCUCUCCAGGACAUCGGUGGCUGGGAGAGCAACGAGCUGAUUGACCUAUUUAACAGCUUUGCAGACUUCUGUUUCCAGACCUUUGGGGACAGGGUGAAGUUCUGGAUUACAAUCAAUGAACCCAACAUCAUUGCCUGGAUGGGCUACGGCAAAGGGUUGUUCCCACCCAAUGUCAAGGAGCCUGGCAGUGCUCCCUACAGGGUUGCCCACAUCUUACUGAAAGCUCAUGCCAGGGUCUACCACACCUACGAUGACAAAUACAGAGCGAGUCAGGGAGGGGUCAUUGCCCUGUGUCCCUUCAUUAGCUGGGCCGAGCCAAAGACACUGAGUGACCCCAGGGACAUUGAAGCUGCUGACAGUUACCUGCAGUUUUUGGUGGGUUGGUUCACACACCCGAUUUUCAAAAACGGGGACUACCCCGAGGUCAUGAAGUGGAAAGUUGGGAACAGGAGUGAGCUCCAGAACCUGCCAUCGUCGCGCCUGCCGGUUUUCACAGCGGAGGAGCGGGAAUACAUCCGGGGCACGGCAGAUGUCUUCUGCUUCAACACAUACUCCACCAAAAUUGUAAAGUACUCAACAACACCUCUGACACCCUUCUCUUACGAGUAUGAUCAGGAAGUUUCACUAACAGUUGACAGCUCCUGGCCUUCCUCAGCUCUCCCUGACCAUCGGCCUGUGGCCUGGGGUCUGAGGAGGCUACUGAACUGGAUCAAAGAGGAAUAUGGAAACCCCCCAAUAUAUAUCAUUGAGAAUGGCGUGGGGAAAAAAGCCAAAUCAGAUGUUGAUGACAAUGCCAGGAUAUUUUACUACAAAACAUACAUUGAUGAAGCUUUAAAAGCUUACAAGGUAGAUGGUGUUAAUCUGAAAGGAUACAACGCUUGGUCUCUGAUGGAUAACUUUGAAUGGGUGGAUGGUUAUGAUCCAAGAUUUGGAUUGCACCAGAUUGAUUUUGACAACCCCAACAGGCCGAGGACGCCAAAGCGCUCUGCUGUGUACUAUGCUGAAAUCAUCCGCAAUAAUGGUAUCCCACUGCCCAAGGAAGAUGAAUUUUUAUAUGGAGAGUUUCCAGAGAACUUCCUGUGGAGUGCAGCAAGUGCAGCUUACCAGAUUGAGGGAGGAUGGAGAGCAGAUGGGAAAGGACUUAGCAUUUGGGACAAAUAUUCCCACACUCCCUUGAAAAUCGUCAACGACGCAACUGGAGAUGUAGCUUGUGACAGCUACCACAGGCUUGAGGAGGAUGUGGAAAUGCUGAAAAGCCUCAAGGUGUCUCACUAUCGCUUUUCAAUCUCCUGGCCUCGUGUUCUCCCAGAUGGGACCACCAGGUACAUCAAUGAAAAGGGACUGAACUACUAUGAAAGGCUGAUCGAUGCCCUUCUGGCAGCCAACAUUAUGCCUCAGGUAACUCUUUAUCACUGGGACCUCCCACAGCCGCUGCAGGACCUUGGUGGGUGGGAGAAUGAUACUGUAAUUCAGAGGUUUAAGGAAUAUGCUGAGGUCCUUUUCCAGAGGCUGGGGGAUAAAGUGAAAUUUUGGAUAACCUUCAAUGAACCCUACACCGCUGCCUAUCUUGGCUAUGGCGUUGGUACAGCUGCUCCAGGCAUCUGGGCUCGGCCAGGGCACGCUCCCUACGUGGUGGGACACAACAUGAUCAGGGCACACGCCGAGGUCUGGCACCUCUACAACGAGACCUUCCGGGCCAAGCAGGGAGGGCUCAUCUCCAUCACCAUCAACUCUGACUGGGCAGAACCACGCAACCCGCACAGCCAGGAGGACAUUGAAGCUGCCAAACGAUUCAUGGAGUUUUUUCUAGGUUGGUUUUCUCACCCCAUUUUCAAAAAUGGUGAUUAUAAUGAAGUGAUGAAAAGAAGGAUUCAGGAACGAAGUCUGGCUCAGGGCCUGAGCAAGUCCCGACUUCCAGAAUUCACUGAAAGUGAAAAACGAAGAAUUAAAGGCACAUAUGACUACUUUGGUCUAAAUCAUUAUACCACGGUUUUAGCAUACAACUUAAACUUUCCUAAGGAUGUUAUGUCAUUUGACUCUGAUAGGGCUGUAGGCACAGUGACCGACCGCACCUGGCCGAGCUCUGGUUCCGCCUGGCUGAAGAUGACACCCUUUGGGUUCAGAAAGCUCCUCAGGUGGAUAAAGGAAGAGUACAACAACCCUCCCAUUUAUGUGACUGAAAAUGGGGUCUCAGAAAGGGGAGCCUUUGAAUUCAAUGACACUUGGAGAAUGUAUUACUAUCGGACCUACAUUAAUGAGGCACUGAAAGCCAUUGUGCUCGACGGUGUCGACCUACGGGGCUACACUGCGUGGUCACUGAUGGACAACCUCGAGUGGGCAAUGGGUUAUGAGGAAAAGUUUGGGCUCUACUAUGUGAAUUUCUCAGACCCUGCCUUGCCACGGCGCCCCAAGGCCUCAGCCAAGUAUUACACACAGAUCAUAAACUGCAAUGGCUUUCCAGAUCCAGCAACAGGCCCUCAUCCCUGUCUGGAACAGGAGCCAGAAGUGACACCAACAGAGCCGACUCCAGGAGCAGCUGGCAGCGUGCGCUUUUUCGGAUUGGAUUUGACAUCCCAAGGUGCAGAAGUAGCACUCUAUGUGCUUCUUGCUAUUUCUGCAGUUGGAGCACUGGGCUUGGCUCUUUUCGCAUACACAUACAGAAAAUCAUCCAAAAGAUCCCAUAAACAAUCACACAUGGAACAGAGUAGUAAACUGUAA